CGGGCUUCCUGUGGAAAAGUCAAAAUGGCGGAAAAGAACUCCACUAUGCAUAAAUAUCUYGAGGAAUUUCUAAAGUUUGUUGCAACGAAUCCUAAGGAUUUUCUGUUCUAUGUAUUCCUGUUUCUUACUCCAUUAAUGGUGAUAUGUGGACUUCUGUCCUUAAAGUUGGCACAUCACAUUGAACAAAGGGACAAAGAGAGAAAAAAGAAAGCUACAAGACAGUCAAAUUUAGCAAAGACAAAAAGAAAAAUGAAGACYAAGUAACAAUGAAUAAUGUCUAUAAUCAUUCUUUUUAGUAAAAACAUAUUAGUUACCCACCUAGGUAUUCUCCAAUGUAAACCAAGGGUUUUCAGAAUUGCAGUGCAGAUACUACUGAAASUGYGGCUUGUUUGAAAAAAUCCURUUGCAACCUUGAACUCAACUGCUCUUUUUUGUAAUGUGAUCAAUCUUGAGGUUGAUAGGAUAUGAUCUAACAAUGUUAUUAGUUCUCUGUAUUAACUGUUAUUUGAUUUUUCAUGUUUACCUAAGUGGCCCCAGUUUCAGUAGUUCUACUAUGAUAUGUAAUUGCUUGUUCUUAUAUCAAGGAAUAUGCUUCAGAACUUGUACAUAUUUGUACUAUCAUCGAAUGACUGUUAUUUAAUAUAAUCACUGUGAUUUUA